AUGAUCGACUUAGCGGCGAAUACACGGCGAUUUGGAUCGGAUAGUCCGGGACCGAUAGUAUGCAAUGUAAAACGUACACACCGGAGGAUUGUUAUUGUUAUCGAGCACAAAAACGCGUUGCCGGAUCCAGGACGCACACUCCGACGACGAAAGGAUAACCACUUUGAAGUUUUCAAGUUCAAGUUUGAACUGUUUGAAGCUUACGAUUAUCCAGCGACGGUUCGUGCACGAGAACGCGGAUGCGGUCCGGCGUCGUUGCUCUGCGCGCGCUACAAUACACAACGAUCUACAAGUCGCGCCGACCAAAACAAAAAACAACAAUUUACACUAAACACCAAUAACACCAAUGGUCGUAGUACGCCAUACGGAUACGGCAUUACGGUAACGGAAGAUGUGCGUUAG